CACGUGAUGACGUCACACAGGCUGACCCUCAGUAGUUCCCCUGUACCGGAGCCCACAGCAGGAACUAAGCGCGGUGGCUGUGGUUCUGACCCCGGUAGCUGUGGGUGGUGCAGGCAACACAGUUGCUGAAGAUGCUUAGAUCUUACAUCCAUCUGACCAACACUCAUGGCGUCAACGAGUAACUGAAGUCUGUAACUUCAAUGACCCACGUAAUGUUUACAUCAGCGGACGGGGCUAACUUAUGCUAACGCGGCUAAACAAACAAGGCGCGCACACACAGGGCACAACGCACACACGCUCGUAACAGCUUACAUUUCUCUCCUCUGUAGCUUCGCCAAGGACAGUUGGAAUUGCUCCAUCUUUUUCUGCCAGUCCGGUGUUGUACUGGCCCCGGCUUGAAGAACAGUCCGACACAAAGUGGCUCGCACAAACUCGCAGGUUUUCACCGACUGCGGCUGGAACAUUUCCAUCAAAAAUGAAGUCAAUGCACCUGCUCUUGUGUCCUCUGUGGCUGGGAGUCGAUGUGAAGAUGUAUGUUGGUCUGUACAGAGAACAACACGCAGAUUUUUUUUUUUUUGACCAACAACUUACCUUGCACUGUACACGUUAUGGUAUACAUACAGAUACUAUUACAUAGUGUUUGUUAUUGUAUAUUGUAUAAAGAUGGCAUUUGAUUUACUAUUUACUAUUCCAUAUUCAUUCAUUUUGUUUUAUUUCUGUAAUCCUUCUUAUAUUUCUCUAUAUAUGUAUUGGUGUGAAUGCUUGACGCAUUCAACGUUUUCACGAUCGUUCUAGUAAUUACACAUUAACUGCCCAUUGCCCACUUUUCCUCCUUCAGCUUCUUCAUCAAAAAUUCAAGCCAGUAAUCCAGUUUAGCGACCAGUCUUUCAGCAGCCAGCAUUCACACCGCAAUUUCUCCAGAAAUUAAUUGCCUUUUUGUAUUUCAUGAUAGGCUGACAGACCGAAUAAAUGGACGUUCAGCGGAACGGUGCUUUUAUUGUGAAAUCAAUUCUUACCCGGUCUUACCGUAAUGCUUAGUGUAAAUACGUAACUCUAAACAACGUGGGGGCUAAUUUGACAACCGAGAGGUUUUCCACAUUUAACAGAGGAUGGGAAACCAGUGCUGUAGCUGGAGUACAUAUCCCGGUAUCUGUAGCCACAGGGAUCGGCAGAGCGGAAUCACUUUCUCCUGCUCUCUGUCACGCAGCCUCCGCUCUGAACAACACGUCCCUGUCUCUUUAAGAGCAGAGCCUCUGUGUAUCUGCUGAUCUGUCAGCUGGCUCGGCGCUGCCUCCCUCCCUGCACACUCUGCUGCUGCUGCACCUCGGGGGGCCAACACACUCCCGGCUCGCCGACUGACUCACCCAUGCAGUGAAUGCUGAUGCACCCGAAACACAACAUACGCAGACAUUCGAUAUGUCAUGGAUAAUCGACAAUCGAAACUAUAAUGCGCCGGACACGUGGUCCUCGGCGUCCCGGGCUAUGCGGGCGUUAAAGGUAACCGGACUGAGGUGCUGCUGGGGGAAGAACCGCGGCCACGCCGUAUCUCCGGAUCUCAUCAUACAUGUUUUACGCACAGCCAUGACAUUCUGUUACGCGCCGGGACGGACGACUCCUGCGGGCGCGCGCCUGCUUUAAUUUUUAAAGUCCUCGUGUCUGGCCGUUUUUUUCUGGCGCAGCGCCGGGAGGGAACAGCCGCAGCACUUUGAGCAAAUCGGACGAGCCCUACAUUUGCCUCCAUACGUUAUCAGCUGCUCCGUGACAUUAAACGUGUGCUGACUGACUCUGUGCAGACGCAGGAGCUCGGCAUGUCCCGACUGAGCGAGCUGCCCAUGGAGAGCUGGAUGUGUCACCUGCCGUGCGCUCUGUGGGACACCCCCCUGCAUCACCUGGCCAUCCCGGGCAGCCACAAUGCAAUAACCUACUGUCUGGAUAUGAAUGACAGAUCCCCCGUCGACCUCACUCAACCUGACAUGCUUCAAAAGCUGGACAAAUACAUGAAGCCCCUUAUUCGCCCCUUUGUGUACAAGUGGGCUAAAACCCAGGAGUACACGAUAAAGCAGCAGCUGGACUGUGGGGUCAGGUACUGCGACCUUAGGAUUGCACACCGGCCCAACGACGGCUCCACUGAUCUUUACUUCUACCACGGCGUUUACACCACACUCACCGUGGAGACGGUGCUACUGGAGAUAAGAGAGUGGCUGGACGCUCAUCCCAAAGAGGUGGUCAUCCUCUCCUUCAGCCACUUCCUCGGCCUGAGCCCGGAGCUCCACAUGCUGCUGCUCACGAGCAUACGCAAAGUUUUCGCCUCCAAACUCUGUCCCAAAACGGAGGCGUUAACUCUUCGGAACCUGUGGGCUGUUGGCUGCCAAGUGAUUGUUUCCUAUGAACACAACAUUGCCAGUUGUCACGGCGACCUGUGGCCCCACAUUCCGUACUGGUGGGCCAAUAAAUGCAAAGCUGAGGCUCUUAUCGAGGAGUUUGAGCACAGGAAGCAACACGGCAGACCAGGAGGUUUCUUCGUGACGGGAAUUAAUCUGACCGAGGACUUGAAAUACAUCUGCACACACCCGACCGAGUCCCUGAAGGACCUGGUGAUGUCCACGUAUCCGGCGCUGCUCAGCUGGGUGAAGGAGCAGACCCCCGGCUCCAGGGUUGGCUCCCUCAACAUCAUCGCAGCGGACUUCGUCACAGAGAGCCACUUCGUGCCAACCGUCGUCACGCUGAAUGAGAAACUCAUGAAGUGGUCCUCGUGACUUUUUCGCCACUGUGCAUUUUUCCACGGAAAUAAUGUGACUCGCAGCAUGAAACACACAUGAGCUUGUUUUGUUUCUUUAGCGUGCCAGAAGAGAAAAAAAAAUACUCAAGUACUUGAAUAACUCAUUUUUAAUAUUAAUGCACUUAUGAUGUGAAAUGUACAUUUCAGUCUUAAAGCUGUUUGGAAACAGACUUUUCCGUUUGUUCAACAUUCAGUUCACUGUUUAUGCAAUGCACAGAUUUCACGAGUCAGCGAGGUGGCCACCCUUUAUGUUACGGCGACCGAAGCAAUAAUGGUACAAACUAAUCUCACCUUAUUGUAGGCAUUUUUAGACGAGUAAGCACAAACAAUUUACUGAAAGUACACAUAUGAAUGCAACGUAGAAUACCUUUAUGAAUACGAUGUGGGCAGGAGUUUUAACAAGUAGCUUAACUGUAUCACCUACAACACUAUGUACUGUAUUUAUCCAUAGAGAAUGUAGAGAAGAACAUGAAACUUCUGCAAAAAUGCAUGGAAACGUUAGUUGCAUGAACCAAACCGUGACUGUUCCGCUCAUAUUCGACCGUAGUUAACAGGUUAGGCCUUGAUUUGAAAUAAUGCUGCACCACUGUGCCUGUGGAGACGAGCUUUUCAAAUAAACCUGCGCAUUUUUAAGCUGA